AUGCGUAAUUUACGCAAUAUACGGUACAACGCGUGGACGUCGUCGACAGACGGUGAUGGUGAUGAACCCAUCACGGCAUCGUGUUGGGACCCCGCCAAGGACGAGGUCCUGUGUACUUUUGGUCCGUCGCCUGUCGAUGGUACGAUUCGGCUUGUCAGGGUCGUGGAACAUGUGAGGGCCUCCUCGGUAGAUGCUGAACAUUGUCAAGUUGCGUCUUGGGAGGCAUUGAGUCCAAAUCCAGACCUUGCUGUUGACCGGGUGGUCAGUCUGCACCACUUCAGCGACAGCCUCACUACUGUUCUCGUCCUGGAAGGCGGGGAUAUUGUCAUCGUCAAAGAAGAUGACGAUCCCCAAAAUGGCGCGCACAUCGAGAUUAUGGGAUCAAUCGACGAGGGUAUCACCGCCGCCUGUUGGUCGCCCGACGAGGAGCUCUUGGCUAUUUCGACGAAGGCACAGACGGUCGUCUUUAUGAGCCGCAGUUUUGAUGGAAUCACGGAUGCGACUAUGACGCCCGAGGACCUCAAAUUGUCGAAACAAAUCUCGGUUGGCUGGGGCAAGAAGGAGACCCAGUUUCAAGGAAAAGGCGCAAAAGCACUUCGGGAUCCCACCAUACCGGAGAAGGUCGACGAGGGUGUUCUGAGCUCUGUUGACGACGGACGCGUUACUAUCAGCUGGAGAGGUGAUGGCGCAUACGUGGCGAUCAACUCCAUCGAGCCUGGUGUUCGGCGUGUCAUCCGUGUCUACUCCCGAGACGGUGUUCUCGAUAGUGUAAGUGAAGCGGUCGAUGGCAUGGAAGGAGCCUUGAGCUGGCGCCCAGCCGGAAAUCUGAUCGCCGGUAUUCAAAGAAAGCAAGACUACGUGGAUGUGAUCUUCUUCGAAAGGAAUGGCCUGAGACAUGGCGAAUUCUCAUUGCGGGCUCCGCGUGGCCGAGAUCUCUCCCGGGACCAAAUCAGUCUUGCUUGGAAUGCGGAUUCUACUGUUCUGGCUAUUACUCUGCAGGACUGUAUUCAACUCUGGACUGUGGGUAAUUAUCACUGGUACUUGAAACAGGAGAUUUCUGCUGCAACCGCAGUUGCGUCUAUAGCUUGGCAUCCCGAGAAGUCUCUCCGGUUUGCAGCUGCCAAGCGAAGUAAGCUAGUACUGGCCGAGUAUGCUUUUGCUGUUUCUCGAGGGAGUCUCACUCCGCCAUACGAUUACGGAGCUGUCGCUGUUAUUGAUGGCAAGACUCUGAAAAUCACCCCAUUCCGGACUGCAAACGUACCGCCUCCAAUGGCGAUGUUCGAGCUUGACACAGAGUCUGCUAUUGUGGAUGUAGGUUUCUCCCCAGAUAAUACCUAUAUGGGUGUUCUGCACCAGUCAGGCUUCGACCUGUAUCAAUGGCAGACCAAAGGCCAGCGCUCUACUAUGCCAAGUCUUUUGAGUUCUGUACCGCGAGAGGCGAGUCCAGGAGAUGAGGUCAUUGCGCUUCAAAUCACUGUUAGUGCAGAUGGAAGUGUCCACGUCUUGUGCUUUGAGUCUACGACGACGAUCUGCGGUUAUAGCUUUGAUAUUUCCGCGAAGCAAGUAUCCGAGACAAUCCGCCUCAAGGCAGGUUCCAUCUUCAGCUUUGCGGGCUAUAGCAAAACUGCGAAUAGUCAGGGGGCAAUGGCACAGGAUGGCUUGGGCAGAUUCCAUCGCAUCCACAAUAGGCAAGAUGAGCUUCUGUCACUUCGCGUUACCUCACAACUACCAUGGUGCCAAGUCGCCGGCACGGAAGAAACCCCUAUUGCUUUUGCUCUGUCAAGGAACGGUCACCUCUAUGCGAACGCGCGUCAGCUGUUGAAGAACUGCACAUCGUUCUUAGUUACCCCUGACCACUUGAUUUUCACUACGACGAACCACCUUCUCAAGUUUGUUCACUUGGCUGAGGUCACUGAUUUGGAAGUACCCCCUGAUGAUCCUGAAAAGGACGAACGAUGCCGCAGCAUCGAGCGUGGAGCCAGGCUGGUCACAGCAAUGCCUACCAGUAUGAGUUUGGUGCUACAAAUGCCAAGAGGCAAUCUUGAGACAAUAUUCCCAAGAGCAAUGGUAGUGGCAGGUAUCCGACAGAUGGUCGAAAAGAAGGAGUACGGACGAGCCUUCUCGUACUGCAGAACGCAGCGAGUGGACAUGAACAUUCUCUACGACCACAUGCCCCAGCAAUUCUUGGACAAUAUUCCUCUUUUCCUGGAGCAACUCAAAGAUACUACAUACAUUGAUCUAUUUCUCUCAUCUCUACGCAGAGACGAAGAUGUAUCGCAGACUAUGUACAGAGACACGAAAUCAUCCAAGAGUCAGGCCCAGCUCGCGGUUCCGGAAGAAUCGGUAUCCACGCAACCGAAAGUUAACUCCAUAUGCGAGGCUGUCUUAGAGAGCUUGCAAUCUCGGAAAUCCAUCGAUAAUGGGACACUGCAGAAUAUCAUCACGGCCAAUGUGUGCAAGGUGCCGCCGGCUUUGGAGGAUGGAUUGCUUGUCGUGGCCAAGCUGAUGCAAGAAGAUGAGCAGUUGGCCGAGAAGGCAGUUGAACACAUCUGCUUCCUCGCCGAUGUCAACACUCUCUAUGACGAAGCCCUUGGACUCUACAAUCUCGAUCUGGCACUUCUAGUGGCGCAGCAAUCGCAACGGGACCCCCGCGAGUACCUUCCGUUUAUUCAAAACCUGCAUCAGUUGCCAGAACUUCGGCGCAAGUUUGCAACUGACGACCAUCUUGGUCGGCACGCUAAAGCACUUGCCCACCUUCAAGCACUACAUUCUCAUAUAGAAGCUCAGGAUUACACCGUCAAACAUGCUCUGUACGCCGAGGCUCUGAAGCUCUACCGGUACGAUGCAGCCAAUCUCCCAGUCAUUACCCGCCUCUAUGCCAAACACCUGGAAACAAGGUCCCGGUUCCGCGAAGCUGGGCUGACUCACGAAUCCCUCCAUGACUUCGCGUCGGCAACGCGAAGCUACCGAGCUGCCGGUGUAUCCUGCUGGCGUGAGGCGCUAUUCACCGCCCAACUGCAGGAGCCACCCCUUAACCCUGCGGCAUUGUCCGACCUUGCAACAGCAUUGGCGGAUGCCCUCUACGAAGCGAAAGACUACGCCUCGGCUGCAAUAAUCCACCUCAACCAUCUAUCCUCGCUUGACUCAGCCAUCCGCUGUCUCUGCAAGGGUUACCACUUCGCAGACGCUCUUCGCCUCGUAGCUUUGCACAAGCAGUUCCCGCUCCUCGAAUCCGCUGUCGACCCAGGCCUUGUAGACGCUCUAGCCAGCUCAACAGAAUUUCUCGCCGACUGCAAAGCCCAGCUCAAAGCCCAAAUCCCCCGGAUCCUCGAGCUGCGACGCAAAGCUGCCGAAGACCCACUCGCUUUCUACGAGGGUGAACGUGCCGGGGGCAUCGACCUCCCCGACGACGUCAGCGUGGCCGCUAGUUCGCGCGUUAGCACUAGCGCCUCCCUAUUCACACGGUACACGGGCAAAGCCGGCAGUGUCGGCACGCUGGGCACGGGCGUGAGCCGCGCCACAUCCAAGAACCGUAAGAGGGAGGAGAAGAAGCGGGCUAGGGGCCGGAAGGGCACUGUCUAUGAGGAAGAAUAUCUGGUUAAUUCGGUACGUAGGCUUGUGGAGAGGGUGCAGAGCACGAAGGGGGAGGUGGAGAGGUUGGUGUUUGGGCUUGUGAGGAGGGGGAUGACGGAACGGGCCAGGACGGUGGAGUCGCUCAUGGCGGAGAUUUUGGAGGGGUGUAAGAAGGCAGUUGAGGAGGUGUUCCCCGCUGCUGCUGCGAAAUCGAAGAGUGAGGAUGAGCAGAAUCAGGGUGGGGGAGGGGCAGGGGAGCAAUGGAGGCCUACGGCGGGCGGGGAUGCGGUGUUGGCUGAUCACUUGGACGCGGCAUGGAGGACGCAGCCGCCGCCUGUUGUAACGGCUAUGGAGCGGUUGAGCAUCCUCGGGAGUUGA